CUCAAUUUCCAUACCGUUCUGUAUUGCCAUUUCUUCACCCAGCUCUUGAUACCCAUAGGCUCUCGCGCAAAAGGCGGCAAGUUGAAUCCACAGGGUCGCUCUUUCAUCGUUUGAGGUGAAUAUCAUUAGAAUGUUUCCCUAAUCAGGUUGGACGCGCGGUCUGGCGCGCCUGGGCAGUUUGAGAUCUAGAGGCGACUCCAGAGCACAGACGACGCGACUGGAUCGAACGGACCCUAGAUCGUUGCUAGUAAGAACAAAGCCGCUGCGAGUCCACUCAAACUACUGCUGUUUCUGCAACACUGCGAAGGCCAGGACUACACCGAUAAGGCGUAAUCGCAAUACUCCGCGACGACGGUUUCAACCAGCUCACCUACUCGGAUCACUCGAACGGGAUGUCUCGGGUCACCCCAACCUCUGACAGCUUCUCAGGGCAAAGCAUCAGAAUAUACGGAGUGCGAGCUCGUGGAACAACAAACACAGCCGGGCGAACGCAGAUCGAGGGAAAACACCAUACCCAAGCUAAUCCUCCCGAAAUCUUCGUCGUGCUCGGAGCCAAAGAGGCUUCGCUCUCCGCAUCAACAUCGUCAUCAUCUCGCACCGUCCGUCCGACCGGAGUGAAAGAACUCGAACAUGCUCCCCGGCUUGACGAAUGCAUUGCGCGGCUGCUCAGUGAGAUGGAGGACGUCAAGGUGCCAUCUCCAAGCUUUCUUACAACGCGUAUUCGGGGUGAAAACAACGAUAGCAACGGCCUCGUUUCAGCACUACGUCUCUAUCCCAUCCAGGAAGUCCUAGUCCGCUAUAUCUCCAUGAAAGAUCUCGAAGCGAUUGCCUGUACGUCUUCAGCACUUUCAAACUCUUUGAACUUAAAAGAGACUAGGCAUUUCUGGAAGUUCAGAUUUAAGAAUGGAAGGGGUGGUAGUUCAUGGAAGCGUGUGAGGCAUGAUGCAUACUUCAAGGCUCUCGAAGACAUGCCCGAGCCUCGAAAACGGAAGCUAAGCGGGGACGAAGAGCUUCCUUAUGCACCGCCGUGGCGCCCUCAGUCGCGAGGACCAAAAAGAAUUCAGGUAGCACUUGGACGGCACACUGAGCAGAAUGAGCGUCAGGAAAGGACACCUUCGCCGGAUAUCCCCCGACCUGCCCAAAGUCCCCGUGGCUUAUAUCCUGCUCAUAACCAUGCCUUGGGCCAGUCUUCCAUCUCGCAACAACUAGGUCAGCCGACUGCGCAGCCACCCCAAACUUCAACUCGACCGACGAAGGGCCCUUGUCGUCGACAGCCGGAAGACGACGAAAAUUGGAACGGGGUCAUAUGA